GUGGCCAAUUUUAACCCUUUGUAUACUUGAUUAAUUUUUGUGAUGAAUUCUCGUUCUGUAUCAUUUGUUGAUAGACUGGAAUUAGAAUUUACUGGAAAUCACUUCUCACAUGCUCUAACUUUAGGAGAUGUGGACGGAGAUGGACUCAAUGAGUUUAUCAUUGGUAAUGUCGAAGGACAGUUGUCAGUUUUUAAAGGAAAUACUUCAGGAAAACCCUGGCGUAGUGCAACAGGAUUAGGAUCUAUAACGUGUGUCACUACUGGUGAUCUAUUUAAUACAGGGAAGGUUCAAUUAAUAUGCAUCAAUGCAAUGGGGAUGUGCUAUAUAUUCAGCUUAUAUCGUUCAUCAAAGUCAAGGACAGGUAGUGCAGUGGAGCCAGUACACACGCAGGAACUGCCUCCUAAUAUUAAAGUGAUGAUCAUCGCCAGCAUAGCUCCUGACAAUAAGGAAGAACUGUUUGUUGGUCACACUGACCGAUAUAUUGGAGUCUACCGCUGGACUAACGACUUUAACAGGUUGGAGUUACGUCACAGAUUAACACUGGAAAGACAAAUUGGUUCAUUAUCUGUUACCAUGACAUCAGAUGGGCGGAGUCAACUCCUUGUGUCUCAAGUGGGCGGUACUUACGUUCCCCUGGAAUAUGUAGAGAAUGUUGAGGACCUCUUCCCCUCCAUAUCCUCCUCUUCAAUGUUAUCAGAUAAUUCUACUAAAGAUAUUCAAGACUCCAGCGACACUGGCAGAGGAGACAAGGAGAACUACAUUAACAUGAGUUUAGAGAAUGAGCCGGAGGAGAAGAGGAGGGCAAGUGACUCCGUCAGUCUUAAACAAAAUAAAACACCAAAAGUUUCUAGACACUCCUCCACUGGUGAUGUCUUGGAAACUAAAAUACGUAGAAAUAGCAGUCGGUCCUCUUUCAAAGGCUCAGAGUCCCUUUUAUCAAGAUACCGGCUUCAUGUGAAUGGUAUUGUUGGUAUAGCUCAAAGGAAUAGUCCAUCAUCCGUUACUGAAGCAGUUGGGGAUUUGACGUCAAAAUCUGAUCUGUUUGAUGAAGAGCAAAAGCACUCAAAUAUAGUUGCAUUGUGUACCCUUGGGGGUUGUAUACGUUUUAUGAAAGAUGAAAAGAAGAUUUGGGAGCAUCAGGUUGAUCAUAAUUUAUUUGCUAUCUCUAAACUGGAUGUCACUAAUGACGGUCAAGAUGAGAUUAUUGUUUGUUCAUGGAAUGGUGUCACUUAUAUUCUUGAUCACUCGCGUAACGUAGUUAGGUAUAAGUUUGAAGAUAAUGUCUGUGCAUUUUGUGCUGGUAUGUUUGGUUUUACUUCUGAGCAUAAUAAACCAGUUCUUAUUUACUCGACAUUUUUUAAUAAAAUUUAUGUUUAUCACAACAUAACUCUGUCAUCCAUUCCACCUUCCAAUUUGACACUUCAACUGUCAAGAAAAGCCAUUGUUCCUGAAGAAAUUGGCAGAACAUUGCAGUCAAUGUCAGAUGAAGAUAAGAGAAGAUUAAUACAAGGUUUAUUGUACAACACUCAAGACAUUUCUACUAUCAUAAGUUACUUUAAAAAUCAAUAAUAAUAAUAAUAAUAAU